AUGUUGUACUCUAAGGAACUUGUAGCGCCGCGACCCAAAUCAAAGACGGGUCUGCUCCACUUUAUAGCUAAUCCGCUGCGGAAUAAAUAUGAGAGCAUGUUGCGUCGCGCCUUUGCCCACUCGACAAUUCACGGCAUGCAGAAUGCCUUUAUGGAGCAGCAUCGUAGUGUGCGCUACUUUUGGUUUAUAAUCGUGCUGUUGGGUACGAUAAGCUUCCUGAGCAUGUUCUCCAUAUUGCAGCACCAACACAAUGAGCAGCAGCUGGUUAGUGUAGUGGCAACGACACAGUUACCGGUAUAUAAUGUAGAGUUCCCGGCUGUUGCUAUUUGUCCCUGGAAUCAUGUUAACUGGUUGCGCGCCUCAACGGCUGCGGACCGUUUUCUGCCCAGAAAUGCUGAUCCAUAUGUGCGCGAGUCCUUUCAGCAGCUGCUCAUUGGCAUGGAGCAGCUGACCUUUGGAAAGUUUCAGACACUUGGCGCGCUAGCUGAGCGAAACCUGUCUUCGCUCGUCCAACUGAGCCUUUCCAAGCUAGCCAGCUAUUUGGCAUACCGCUGCGACGAGCUCUUUGUGCCGGAUUCGUGUGUCUUCGAUGAAACCCACUACGACUGCUGCCAGCUGUUUGUGCAGGAGCGCACUGAGAAGGGUUUGUGCUUGGUAUUCAACUCCCUGAUUUCGGAAGACUCACGCAAAAAGAAGCUUAUCAAUGAGUUUUAUCCCUACAAACUUAGCACUGCCGGUGAAGGCUCUGGAUUACAGUUCAUGCUGCGCAUGAACGACUCCUAUUUGCGGGCGGGCACUCAGGUGCCCUUUUCUAUGAAUCUAAUGAUCAAGGAGCCCAGGCAGUGGUCACACAGCAUGGUCUACCCUCUUUAUUCAAACACCGAAAACUUUUUGUCCUUAGAUCCGGUGGUCAUACAAACGUCCACAAACACUUACGAAAUGGAUCCCGCCAAGCGGCGCUGCUAUUUUGAUAACGAGCGUCAUCCCUACUUUCCGUAUACGAGUCUGCCCUACAGCCGUGCCAACUGCGUUGCCACCUGCCUACAGUGGUCCGUGCACCACCAUUGCAAAUGCACCUUGCCUAUACACCUUCCCUCCAUUGAUGAUACUCGCGAAUGCAACGUGCUGGACUUUCCAUGCCUUAGUCGUCACACCGACGUCUUUGGGUAUGUGAAGACACGUGGCCAGGAAAAGUAUAUUAAUGAUUCCCGCCGUGGUCAGUUUUGCACGUGCCCAGAUAGCUGCAACACACAGGUGUACCAAAUAUAUCUGAAUGUGCGCCAAUUGAUUAACUCCAAUACAACAAAUGACACACUGCCACCAAGACGCAUCAGAGCAGAUAUACAUUACACCCAGCGUGUGUUAAUGAAGAUAGAAACUAAAUUGAAGUACACCUUCCAUGAUUGGGUCGCUGGCUUUGGUGGCAUUCUGGGUCUUUAUGUGGGCGCCUCGGCACUGAGCUUUGCCGAGCUGGGCUACGCAGUUGGCCAAAUUCUGUGGUCGCUGCUUAAGGAUCUAUACGUUAAAUUAAAAUCAAAGUUAUAA